AUGCGUGCACUGCUUAACUUAAUUUUUAUAUUGCUAAUAAGCUUGCCACUCAUAUGCAGCUGGCGUUCGUUUAAGAUUCUAAUGACACGCUUCGACUAUGAGGCCAAUCCCAAGUUUAUUGAUGUAAAGAUAGAGCUGAAAAAUACAAGCGAUACCAGCAUGAAUGUGGUGCUCAACACCUAUGAGACUGUCGACAAUUUGGAGCUGUCUGCCACGGUUGGUUUGCUCACGGACAAGGGCAAUUACAUGACUUUUAUGAAUCGCACCACAAACUUUUGCAAAUUGCUGAAGCACUUGGGCUCGGAUCCUUUGGUGCGCGUGGUCUGGCAGGAUCUGGUGCGUCAUGGCAAGAUGUUUAAGGAGUGCCCCAUCAUCAAAGGGCAGUAUACGCUGCAGGAUUAUCGCGUGGAUGAGGAGCUGCUGCCCAGCUUUCUGCCCGAGACCAGCUUCAAGUUUAGCCUGGGCUUGAACACAUCGAAGCACGAGUUGAUUUUUAAUGGCGUGCUCUAUGGGCGCGUGGACAAGUCCAAGGGCUUUAACAACUUAAAAAGCUUUAGCCUGGGUUAG